AUGACCCCGUCGGGCGCCAAGAUCGGGCCUGGAGCUCGCCUGCCGGCGACGCCCUCACCUGCCCCGCCACCACCACCGGCGCAUGUGCCCUCCUCAGUCACGGCACGCCUCGACCACUACGAGGAGGCCGCGCCCAAGACGGAGACACAUCUACUGGAGGAGGUCAUUGUCGAGGACGUCUUGGAAUAUGAGGACGAGGAUGAAGACGAUGGCGACAAAGCGGCUCCAACGACGGCUGCGCGGGCUUCCUCCCCGUUGCCGGCGCCUCGCCUCUUGCCACACCCUUCUUCCCAGCAAAUCACACCCUUCUUCCCAGCGAAGCAGUCUGCUGGGAGAUCUAAGGCUCUCCGGUGGAUGGAAGACUCCGGCGACUCCGAUUUCGUCUGCACGUCCUCUGCUGCCCAGUCGUCGUACCUGGGAGCCACUCGUCGAGCCUUCGAGGUGACGGCCUCGCCCGUGCCUGCAGCGCCGUGCGAGGGGGAGAGCUCUGCCUCGCGUCCGGUCGUCAUCACCAAGAAGGGGCAAUGUUGUCGUCGUCGUGCCAAGACCAGGGACACCGAUGGUCUUCCAGUGGUGUCCCCUCGCCAAGCCGCUAGGGUGCUCACGCACCAGCGGCUCGGCCCACGGCCGGUCAUGCGUGUGCCGGUGCACCAGCACCUUGGCCCGCAGCAUAGGCCGUCGGCGUCUGGUGGCCGCCAUCAUCGUUGUCGUGAGCCAGGCCCUGGGUUCAUGUCGAACGCCAGGCGACCUUCGACGUCACCGCACAUCCAUCCUCCUAACGCGCUUCCUCGACGCCACGUCCCUCGAGCGGCCGUGCCUGUCGACGUCGAUGGCUUCAUGCUUGUUCAAAGCCAUCGGCACGGGCACCGCCAUUCCCCGCCUCAACGUCGUCACCAGCUGUCGGUGCUGCCUUCGCUCGUCGGUCUCUACUUCAGCUGUCUGGCUGGGGACCACAUCGUCGCCCGGUGCACCUUUCCAUCCCGCUGCCUUUUCUACCUCAGCAUGAUGCACCGAGCGAGGAACUGCAAGCAUGGUCGCUCGCCCCAGUGCCUCUCCUCGAACCGGGUACGAGAGCCUCCAAGGCACGGUCAGCGUCGUGCUGCUCGAGGCAACCUUGGUUUCGGCGGUGGCGCUAGCCAGGACUCCGACGAGGGUGGCGAUUCUCAGCUAGGGCCCAGGCUGGAUCCAAUGCUCUGCUUCGUCGACCAGCCAGGUGCCUUGUGUGACAAGGGCGCGUCACCAAACCCGGUGUCCUACUUGGAUCUUUCCAGCGCGAAACCGAAAAUGACGCGUGGCCAUCCGCAGACGUCGUGGGCAGCCCAUCUGGUGGCUGAAGACCAUGACAUCACGGCAUGGCCCGCCACUCCGCCCGUCGUUUGCGGGGUUCCUAUGGCCGCCGCCGGAGAUACGCCGUGCCCCCAGUCCAACGACCUUCCGGUGAACCCCACCAUGGUCCAGUUGGGCACAGAACCUGGCCAUGGGCUGACACAGAGUAGGCCGCUGCAGUGGGAGCUGGACCACAUUACGGGCUACGCUUUAGACAACCAAGCCCAUGGAGUGCAAGAUUCUUAG